AUGAUGAAAACAUUGUGCUCUUUACUAGCGGUGGUACUAUUCGUAUCGAUAGUAAAGUCUGACAUCUAUUACGAUUUGGAUGACGAAGAUUAUAGUCGAGAAGGUUUGGGUCGAAACUUUACCGGCAAAGUAGUGUUGACAACGGGCUCCAGCUCUGGCAUCGGUGAGGGAAUUGUCAAACUGUUCUCCCGAUUGGGCGCCAAUGUUGUGGUCACCGGACGGAAGGCCAAUGAAGUGCAACGCGUGGCUGAAGAGGCCCAGGAAUUGUCACCAUUGAAAUUAAAGCCAUUGGCUAUAGUGGCAGAUGUGACUAAAUCUGCUGAUUUAAACCGUUUGAUAAGCAAAACUAUCGAUACUUACGGCAAACUGGAUAUACUGGUAAACAACGCCGGCGCCGGCUUUUACGGGCCAUUUCGGGCGCCAGAUUUUUUGACCAAAUUUGAUCAGUCGGUGGCACUCAAUCUCAGGGCAUAUCUCGAGUUAACCCAUUUGGCGGUCCCUUAUUUGGACAAAACCAAUGGCACUAUCAUUAGUAUAUCCAGUACUUCAUCAACAUUACCGACCCCAGGAGGUCUGGCGUACGAAGUGGCCAAAACAGGUGUCGAUAUGAUGACCAGAACACUGGCCCUGGAGUUGGGCCCCAGGAUUCGUGUCAACACUAUUAAUCCGGGGUUAAUAUUGACCAAUUUUAUCAACCACACUGACCCCGAUGUGAUUACCAAGAUAGACAAGGAGGUAAUCGCUCGGACGCCGUUAAAAAGGCCGGGCGUACCCCUGGAUAUCGCCCGAGCGGUUGUUUUUCUGGCUUCAAAAGAGGCCAGUUUUAUAACUGCGGCUAAUCUGGUGCCACUCCGUCAACAGUUUGACAAAAGUGAUAACCCGCGGUCACAACAGGUCACCGGACGGAAGAGCCAAGAGGUCAGUCGUGUGGCCAAAGAAGCUCAGGAUUUGUCGCCACAGAAACUACAGCCUCUGGAAGUGGUGGCAGAUGUGGGUAAAAGUGAUGAUCUAAAGAGACUGCUGGACGAGACAAUCAAAGCUUACGGUAAAUUAGAUGUGUUGGUCAAUAACGCCGGUUUUGGUCAAUACGCGGGUAUACGAGACCCAAAACUCAUGCAAGUGUUUGACACCACUAUUGCCGUCAAUUUGAGAGCAUAUCUGGAGUUAAUCCAGUUGUCUGUUCCUUAUUUGGAUCAAACAAAUGGUACCAUUAUUAGCAUGUCUAGUAUUGCUGCAUUGACCCCGUCAAUGAUUGGUAUGUCUUACGACGUCUCGAAAGCAGCCAUUGAUAUGAUGUCUAAAUCACUGGCUCUGGAAUUGGGCCCCAAAAUCAGGAUUAAUGUUAUUAACCCAGGAGUGACAUUUACCAACUUCUACCAUGAGAAUCCCAGUAUAAAUGCAGAUACUGUGAGCCGGUUCAUAGCGUCUACACCAUUGAAACGUGUGGGCCAUCCCCUGGAUAUGGCCCGAGCGGUCGUAUUCUUAGCCUCGAGUGACGCCAACUUUAUAACCGGCGCUAAUCUAGUGAUUGACGGCGGAGUCGUCCAUAAUAUGCCCGCAAAAACAUAA